GCGAAAAUGACAAACUAUGUGAUGGCAUCAAUGGAGUCCCAUGUCAAUAUCAUUAUAAUACAAACUGACAGCACGGUAUCACCUGGUCAUACUGAUGGCUACCCUCUUGCCGUGACUGCUCAGUAUCACAUAUACAUCUCGGAGGCCUUUUAAUCAUACGACGAUCGAGUGUCCACUUCAUCUGAUAUGCGGUAGACAGUCUUUCGGUGUGCCGGAUGAGCAGCUCCCAAGCGCCAAGGUUUCAAAUUGUGCAGUCUAGUUUGUAAUGUUCAUCACACCGGCCUUAUGUUGUCUUAUGGCAUCAGAUCGUGGCGUUCAUUUUCCAGUCAUUUCAGAUUGCAACUAUCGAACGAUGCGUCACUUGUCGUCAUGUUUUCGACCCGUUUCUGUUUUGAUCUAGACCAACCAACCUCUACUAACUUGUACAAAAGCCAGGACAUAUCCGACUUCACAACGUGCACUCCUUGUUUUUCUGCGCAUCACAUCUUGAGUGAUCUGUGGCUCCAGCAACCCGAAGGCCCCACCCGCCCGUUGACUUCCAACUCCACCACCAGUUUUGUCGCUCGAUCUAAUCGCGGAUAUCACAAGGUUCAGCGUCGUGGUUUGUCUCAUCCUGCUAUGUUUCCCCACGCUAUCCUCCCCGGCUGCCUUCUUGCCUUGUCACAUGCAAUAUUGGUAGUAUCUUCAAGAUCCAACUAUGAUGACUUACCGUCUAGCGCGCCCCCGUUCACCAUCAAACCUGUCACUGAACUCGUCGUCGUCAAUAGGGUAAUUGCGCCUGACGGCUUUGCACGGUCGGCAACACUCGCAGGAGGGAUUUUUCCCGGCCCUCUCAUUAAAGCGCAGAAGAAUGACAACUUUAGCAUCAAUGUCGUGAACAGGUUACAUGACAAAAAUAUGCCUUUGUCGACGAGCGUACAUUGGCAUGGCAUCCAACAAAAGAAGACGAACUGGGCAGAUGGCGCAUCGUUCAUCACUCAGUGUCCAAUUCCUCAAAAUCGAUCUUUCCUCCACGAAUUCAGCGCACCCAACCAGACUGGAACUUUUUGGUAUCACUCGCACUUUUCCACCCAGUAUUGUGACGGUCUUAGAGGACCACUUGUCAUAUAUGACCCUGAGGAUCCCCAUCAAGACUUAUAUGACGUAGAUGACGAGAACACAAUAAUCACGCUUUCCGACUGGUACCACGAUCCUACGCCCAAGUUAAACAAAAUUUUCGGCCCUGUCACCUCCAACUCCACCCUUAUCAAUGGUCUGGGGCGCUACCGUGGUGGACCCAAAUCACCUCUUUCUGUCAUCAAUGUUGAGCAGGGCAAGCGUUACAGGUUCCGCAUCAUCGGUCUUUCUUGUGACCCAUCAUAUAACUUCACCAUCGAUGGCCAUACCAUGACGAUCAUUGAGGCAGACGGCAUCGAAACUGUCCCUGAGACUGUGGAUUCGCUUCCAGUGCUCGCUGGCCAACGCUACUCUGUCGUCGUUUACGCGAACCAGCCUGUGGAUAAUUAUUGGGUUCGCGCGCCAUCCAAUUUUCCAAACCAGACGUUUGCAGGCGGCUUGAAUCAAGCCAUCCUCAGGUACAACGGCGCGCCUGAUGAAGACCCCACGAGCACUCCUGGACCCUACAUCUUACCAUUCAACGAAGGGAAGCUUGCAUCUUUGCUCAGCAUUCCUGUCCCCGGUUCCCCUGAGAUCGGCAAAGCAGACGUCCACAUCAACUUACUCGCCACCACUGUGAAUGGUAUCUUCAGGAUCAACAAUAUUUCGUACCACAACCCUCCGACGCCGGUUUUGUUGCAAAUGCUCAGUGGGGCGCAACAUCCCUCAGACCUGCUGCCGAGUGGAAGCGUAUAUGAGCUUCCCUCAAAUAAGGUAGUGGAGAUUGCCUUGCCCAACACAGGUUUAGCUCUCGGAGGUCCACAUCCUAUCCACCUUCACGGACACACUUUUGCCGUUGUUAGAACUUCGGGAAACAGUACAACAAACUUCGUCAACCCAAUCUGGAGAGACACCGUAAGUAUGGGGUCGACAGGGGAUAACGUUACAAUACGUUUCGUCACGGACAAUUCUGGACCGUGGUUUAUCCAUUGUCACAUCGACUUCCAUUUGAACCACGGCUUUGCGGUGGUCAUGGCCGAAGCUCGGGACCGACUUGCCGACGUCAAUGCGAGCAUUCCAGCAUCUUGGGCCUCGCUAUGUCCUUCGAAUCAGCCAUCUACUCAAGCACGCCUGGGUUCCUUCAAUACAACAACAUCACGCCUGGAUUCCUUAAAUACGACAACAUCACGCCCGAAUUUCUUCAACGCGACCACACUUACAUGAUUUACAACAUCAUCGAGCAUUCAAACUUUUUAAUUCCGAUUGCUUCUGCGCGCUAUACCCCUCUUUCAUUUGCCACCUCUAGUUUUUAAAAGCUUAUGGAGGAGGGGCAUGUGGUAAUAUGGCUGUAACAGUAAUUGUGCUAUCUCUAGGGCGCAAUGCGUUGAUCCAUUUUAUGGUCGUUUCUGCUCAUCGUUGGACUGCGCAUUGAGGCUAUUGCCCAAGGCAGUACGUUCAUGAAGAGACUACUACCAGUACGAC